AUGCUGCAGCCUGAAGGCCCCCGAGCCUUGGAGGAAGGGGCAGCCCUGACGGCCACACGGAAUGACUGCAUCAUCUGCUACUCUGCCUAUGACCUCUCAAUACACUUGCCUCGCCGCCUCUACUGCGGCCACACCUUCUGCCAAGCAUGUAUGCGGCGGCUGGACACGCCAGCCCAUGAGCAGCACUGGAUCCCCUGCCCACAGUGCCGUCAAAGUACCCCUAUGCCCCGUGGAGGGGUGACCAUGUUGGACCUGGACUUAGCUGCCUUUUUGGCAGUCAAGGCUGAACGGGAACCAUCAAGAAUAGAACCCAGGUCCUCUGUCCCCCUCAAAGUCGGCACUACCGUCACUCAGCAGCCGGCUGGACUCUGCCCCACCUUGGGCCCCCAACCCCACUUUCCUCAGCCUGGAUGCUGCUGCUGGGGUUGGGGAAGACUGUGCUGGUAUCCCCUGGGGAACCCUGAGGUCUAA